GGAUCACCCAGGACAUCUACGCCAUUUGGUACAGCGCAUGGCAGAGAGAAAAGAGUGUCUAAUGAUGUGGAAAACUAUUACAGACCUUCAAUGCUUGAGGACCCAUGGGCUGGCCUAGAGCCAGUUUCUGUUACAGACAUAAAACAACAGUACAGCAGUGAACAAACAACAUACACUGGUAAAAAAGGGAGGUAUUUCAGCUAACACUUUUAAAGGUCAAAUAACUCCAUCUUGUCGAAAACUGCGACAAAAUCUUUACAUUUACACAAGAUAAACAGUAAUCAAAACCAUAGAUAAUAGUUUUAUUUGAUCACAUGUCCACCCUUUUAUCCUACUUUAUUGCAUUGGAUAUUUUUAUUGUAUGGGACAGAAAAGAGUGGUAGGAAAACUUACAUUUCUGGCUAUGUGGAAGUGUUUACUAGCUUUGAAGAACAGUGUUCUUUAAUCACCAGCAACUGAUUUGUGACUGUUAAAACAGGUUUUUGUAUAUUUACUUCUUCCAUGCCAGACUGUUAGCCUUUUAUUGUAAACUCCUCUAGGAGAUGGUAUUUUUUUGUUUCAGCAUUUUUAGAAUGAAGUAACUUGGAAAUAAAAUAAAGAUUUGUAAA